UGACGGCAAUAUAUUGAAUAAUCCAUGAUGAUAUGAAAUACUCCGCUUAGCUUAUUCUUGCACUUUGUACCUAGUGUUGUGAUGAAAGAAUAAGUUCGAACAGCAGAACAAUAUAUAGAUUGGUCGUCUUGAGUAGUUCUUUCUGGUUUUGUCUGGCAGACGCCACCGUUUCCAGUAGUUUCCCAGACACAUGAUGGUGCUUCAGGUUCAACACCUUGCCAACGAUACUCAUGGGAGAUUUAUGUCUGUGAAAUGUCAUCUUCAGUGCAGAAAAUUGUGAAAAUCACCAACUUGGUGACCAGGAUCCUUGGGUGUAAUCCUGGAAUGAUGACAUUGGAUGGUACCAACACGUACGUCGUUGGGAAUGGACCAAAUUAUAACUGUUUUUUAUUUUUUAGACGUAUUCUGAUAGAUACAGGCGAACCCAGUAAGUCUGAAUACAUAAAGCUACUAACAAACUAUCUGAUUGAUGAAGAAGUAGACUUGGAACAUAUAAUAAUAACGCACUGGCAUAAAGACCACAUUGGUGGAGUUGAGGAUAUUUUUAAAAAAAUCACAAAUGAACCAAAAGUUUGGAAGUAUCCAAGGACUGAUGCCGAAAAUUCACCAACUUGGGGUAAGAUAUCCUUGGGUUAUUUAUUUGACGGCCAGCAGUUUUCAACUCAAGGUGCCACCUUAAAAGUCGUAUCAACUCCCGGACAUACUACAGAUCAUAUAGUCCUUAAGCUUUUUGAGGAAAAUGCCAUAUUCAGCGGAGACUGCAUUUUAGGUGGGAGUACUGCUGUAUUUGAAGAUUUGUACGAUUAUAUGAAAUCCCUGAAAAAAAUCCUAGAUAUGAAACCAAGUGUAAUAUAUCCUGGCCAUGGAUAUACAAUAAAUGAGCCAUGCGGCGAAAUUCAGAAAUAUAUUGACCAUAGAAUGAAAAGAGAAUCCCAGAUUAUUGAUUUACUGAAAAAAAGUAAAAAAGAAAUGACAGUAUCCAACAUCGUCUCCGUACUUUAUGCUGACAUUCCAAAAAGGUUGCACCUAGCUGCAGGGAAUAACGUAACUCAACAUCUUAAGAAACUUGAAAAAGAAGGUAUUGUGAUUUUCAAUGAGGACAAUCAUUCCUGGGAAAUCUGUGAUAAAGAAGAUUGAUAUUUUAUUAACUAUAACCAAGGGAGGAUGAGUAAAGACUAAUGGUGUGAUAUAUUCGUUAUUAGCACAAGAUAUUAUAGAUGAUAUAUUACAAUUAAUUUGUGAAAAUAUAUUUUAUAACAGCUCAACAAAUUGUAGUAAUGUAUAACUGUUAAACUUAUUGUUAGUCUAUAAUUUUUGCCGAGAUCAAUAAAAAUUUAUUGAACAAUGCUACAAA